CGCAGUACUGUGGUGUGUGUGAUUCUUGAUUACACGUGAAAAGUUAAGCAAAAAAGAGGCCUUUCGUAGACUUGAGACGUUGACAUUUGCAGGUGUCUAGCAUGGUGAACCUGGGUUGUGGCACCACCUACGACAACAACAGCAGAAAUAUGGCACGCACGCCCCUGAAACAUUCUUUCUCCAUCAGUUCCUUACUGUCCGAGUCAGUCCUUAACGCUGUUCCUGCCCACACGACGGAGCAGCCCAGAAAGGAAGACCUCUGCCUUCAGGAUUUUGAAAUGACAGCCGCUGUAGAAGACGACGAUGAGGACAUUGACGUGACGGGCGCCUCCAGUCCCUUGGUCGGCGCCAUGUCUGAUUCCGAACUGGAGGAACAACAAGAUAAGGACGAGAAAGACACGAAAAAGGAAGAUGGAGAUGAGAAGAAGAAACACGAAAAACCCCACUUCAGCUACAACGCUCUCAUCAUGAUGGCCAUCAGGUCCUCUCCUGAGAAGAGACUCACUCUGAGCGGCAUCUACGAGUUCAUCAUGAAGAACUUCCCAUAUUACCGUGAGAAUAAACAAGGAUGGCAGAACUCCAUCCGCCACAACCUGAGUUUAAACAAGUGUUUCGUUAAGGUUCCUCGUCACUACGACGACCCCGGCAAGGGUAAUUACUGGAUGCUCGACCCUUCGUCUGAAGAAGUUUUUAUAGGUAGCACUACCGGAAAGUUACGGCGCCGCUCCACUACUGCCUCAAGGAACCGCUUGGCUGCCUUCAAGCAGUCUCUCUUGGGCCGCUUCGGGUGUUACUCUCCCUUAGGUCUAGCGCCUUACGCCGCAGCCGCAGCCGCAGCAGGUUUAGGAGGGUCCUUGGGGUCCCUUCCUGGAGCGCUGUCUAAUGGCCUGGCUUCAAGCACACUUUAUCAGCAAGCAUCGGCCGCAGCUGCGGCAGCGGCGCUCUACCGCAGCUACCCGCCCACAUACUACCCUGCCAUGUUGCCAGCCGCCCACCUCACGUCUGCAGCGUCUCCUGCUGCUCCUCCAGCACCCGCAGGAUUACCCAAGCCUACCACCCUGAGUCCACCUCCGCAACACCCGCCCACGUCCUUCAGUGUGGACCACCUUCUGUCAGAUGUUCACCCGAGCACCCAGCCUAGGAACCUACUAGUGGGUUUGGGCGGCUUGUCGUCCUCCGUCCACUACGACGCAUACAGAAGUUCCCUGCUGGCGCAGAUGGGCGAGGCUGGACGGCGACACUCCCUUCACCGCCCUGUCACAGUGGUGGGCGGCAGACCCAGCUAAAACAUUAAUGCUGUCACCUCGCCCGGGCCAUCAGCUCUGUGGAGACGGCCAGGGCGGCACUCACACCCGUCCCACCUGCUCGCCGCCCAUCCGUCGCCCACCCGCUGCCCACUCGUCACCCACUCGUCGCCCACAACACGCCCACCCACCACCCAGUACUCAUCGUUGCCGUUCACAUCUCAACACCCACACUUGCCUCCAUCUGUACAUUCUCAUUACACAAGAAUCCUUGGAGAUGAGUGUGAGGGAUCUUACAGUCAGCUGUCAUCCGUCGCCACACCAUCUUUAAAUACUCGGCUCAUCUUUAUCACCUUCUGCACUACCUUAACUCACCUUCAGUAGCAGCAGCUUGAUCUUUCUUCAGUACCUCGCUAAUCCACCUCCUACUGC